AUGAAUACCGAAAAACGUACUAAUACUCUCGACAUCAGUUACUUCAAACCUACGCAAGAUAGUAAUUUGAAAAAUCCAUUCAAUGCCCCAGAUUCCAAUGCGCGAGUUACGUCAGUUCACCCUCUGUUGAGUGAUGAACCCCCAAGAGUCGAGCACAGCCGAAGUGUAUGGUCAUCUCAAACAAACAGAAAUAUUUCAAAUGUGUAUCCAGUAGUCGUAUCAUCAGGCAAAGUGAAAACUAAUCCUUCGUCAGCAAAAGUAGACACAUUUAGUAAUAAUACCCGAAAUGAUUAUGUAUCGCAAAACAAAAUGAAAUACUCCAGUCUUCAGUCACCACGGUUCAAAGGUUGUCUUAUGGGAUCCCUAUUUGUUUUGGUACUAGUCGGCAUUCCUCUGGUGGUGGUUACUACAAUUUGGUUAACGAGUAAGACGAGAUACUCGAUAAUCUCAGGUGAGAAAGAAAAUUUUUCGUUUACAGGAGCACAAGCAUCGGCCACAAACAGUACUGGUAUGUACUAGACUGUUUUUGUAUUCAAGCAUUUUCAUAAUUAGAGAUGGAAGUCGUUUAGCGACGUUGACUAGUGCGCAAGAAUAAAUACGUAGCUAUCUACAUUCUUCUUAUCAUAUAAUGAAUGAUAAGCUGUAUUAGGGACCGGAUGCUCACCGCUCUUGUUUAUUGGAAAAAACACUAACUAAACCAGUACGGAUGGCUUGAUAGAGGAAGACAAGAAAAGAUAAUAACAUAUGUGAGGACUGGCACGGAUUAAACUUCAUGGAGCAUCAUGCUUUUAUACGAGGCACUGUGAAAAGUUUUAUAUUUCCAUCGAACAGUAACUAUCAUAAUCAGCAAUAUUGAAAAUCUGUUGAUCGGAGUUUUCAGUAGCUAAUAUUAUUGUGUUAAAAUGUUCGUUUCAUGCAACUUUCAUGACAUCUCAGUAAUUCAUCAUUUAACCACAAUAUGCUCCAUGUUAGGGUAUAUGUGAGGGCGUGUUUCGGAUAUGUUAGGAUACGUACUUCUCUUUAUUAAAAUAAUGUAACGUGAACCUGAACCUUUCACAAAAAAAAGAAAAAGGAACAACAAGAAAACAAACAAUAACAAAAAAACAAAUAGAUAACUUAAAUCACCAUAUUGAAUAAAUCAUCAUCCUCAUCAUCAAGUAAAAACAACAACAUAUAUAUCAGAGGGAGAAGCGAGAGAAGGCAAGAAAAAGAAGAAAGAGGAUGAUCGUUCAUCUAUAUAACAUAUAUAGAUGGCAGAUCCUGACAGGAUAGAAUUCAAUUUCUCCAUCCGCCCCACACCCUCAAGGUUCUGCCAUAACGUGGUCACUUUGCAUUUUUAGCUUGUACAGGAGGAUUGUGUUGGAACGCAUCAGCUAUCACUGUUUUCGGUACAGGAGCAUCAGGCAGCGCAGCAGAUCACCUUAAUAAUCCAUAUUAUCUUGCAAUCCACUCGUCCUACUCUUUCUACGUUGCCGA